AUGGCAGAUGUGAAGUCUAGUUCCCACCCCGAGGACGAGGUCUCGUCCUUGGGGGAGUCGAGGGAUGUCGACAUCGUAGAUGAGAAAAAGGUACCCGUGGAUGUUACAACUGACUCUUCCCAGGAUAUGGAAGAGGGAGGACAAGAUGGCGAUGAUGAAAUAAUUCACCAUCCUGCCGACCAAGAUGAUAUCUUGACACAUACUCUUCACGUUCAAGAUGAUCCGACCUUGAACUGCUUCACAUUCCGGACAUGGUUUUUGGGCAUUGGUCUAGCAGUGUUCGGAGGUGUUAUUUCAUCGAUCUAUUACUUCAAACCCCAAACCGUUACCGUCUCAACUGUCUUCGUUGCCGUCCUCGCAUACCUUCUGGGUGAGGGUAUGGCAUUUAUCAUCCCGAGAAAAGGCGUGAUAGGGAAAUGGCUCAAUCCGCAUCCCUUCAACGUCAAAGAGCACCUGGCCAUCAUUAUUAUGGCGAAUUCCGCGAGUACCGCCGCCACCGGAAUCGAACUUCUUGCAGUGGAGCGACUUUAUUAUGACGCCAAGCUCAACGCAGCGAUGUCCAUCUUCCUACUGUUCUCUUCACAGAUGCUGGGAUAUGGAAUUGCAGGAUUGAUGCGCAAGACUUUGGUUUACCCCAAGGCUAUGCUGUGGCCGAUCAAUAUUCCCGUUAACAACAUGUUGGAAACACUGUAUCGCCCUCGUUCUGAGACUCGAAAGCCUCUCAUGGUAUUUGGAUAUGUUUUUCUAGCAAUUUUCUGCUGGGAAAUCUUCCCUGAAUGGAUCAUGCCGAUCUUGACGGGUGUCAGUAUCUUUUGCCUGGCGAACCAAAAGAGUGCCACUUUUACAAACAUCUUUGGUGGCUCCGAUGGAAACGAAGGAAUGGGCCUGUUCUCUCUCUGCUUUGACUGGGACUACAUUUCUGGAGGCUACUCACCCCUCUACUACCCUGUCGAGAGUCUUAUCAGUCAGGGCGUAGGUGUGUGCCUCUGUUUGGUUGUCUUCUCCGGUGUUUACUACGGCAAUGUCUGGGAGGCAAAAAGAUUUCCAUUCCUGUCCCAGGUUCUCUUCAGCGAGAAUGCGACUAUUGCAAACCAGCUUGAGUGGAAUCAAACGUUGGUAAUUGGCUCCGACAAUCGCAUCGACCAAGCGGCUCUGGCAGUGGAAGGCCUCCCCUGGUUCUCGGCAACCUAUGUUAUUAACAUUCUGGGCUCGAACAUGUGUAUCUCAGCUGGAAUUGUCCACAUGCUUCUUUGGCACUGGAAGGAAAUGAGUGUAGCUCUGAAGAUCCUCCACCCCCGUGCUAUCAUUCAAAACCUCAACCCUAUGAACUGGAACCUGAAAUUCUGGAGCUCGGAAGUUAAGGCUGACCCGAACGAGGACAACUAUGAUCCCCACUACAAGUUGAUGAUGAAUUACAAGGCUGUCCCCGACUGGUGGUAUAUGCUUGUCCUGGUUCUUUCCGUUACUGUGGCUUUGAUCUGUCUCUACAGGGGUGAUUCCACGUUACCUUGGUGGGGAUUCCUCGUUUCUUGCUUGGUCGCAUGGGCAUUUCUGCUUAUAUUCGGAGCGAUGCAAGCAACAACCGGUAUUACGUUCAUCAUCCAGCCAAUUGUUCAGUUGAUUGGAGGAUACAUCCAACCAGGAAAUCCUGUGGCCAAUAUGUACUUCACUCUGUUUGGGUAUAACUCUGUCAUCCAAGGCGCUCUAUUAUCUCAAGAUCUCAAACUCGCCCAAUACGGCCAUUUGGCCCCUCGUGUCACUUUUACUAUGCAAAUGAUUGGCACUAUCAUUGGUGCCAUCUUCAACUACAUCAUGAUGAAUGAGAUCGUCACCAACCAGCGAGAGAUUCUCUUGUCUGUAGAAGGUACCAACAUUUGGUCUGGACAACAAGUCCAGCAAUAUAACACCUUGUCUGUUGCAUGGGGAGGUCUAGCCCACGAACUAUUCUCAGUCGGUUCUCGGUACCAGUGGUGCAGUCUUUCCAUCCUCCUCGGAUUUCUCUGCCCACUUCCCUUCUAUUUCCUCCACAAAAAAUUCCCAUCUCUCGGCAUGAAUCAUGUCAACACAUCUGUUUUACUGUACUAUAUCGGAUAUCUCUGUGUUGGAAUUAACUCAUCCAUCAUGAGUUUCUUCAUUAUCGGAUUUGGAUCGCAGUGGUACUUGCGACGCUACCACCCUAACAUAUUCGUCAAGUACAACUAUCUGGUUUCGGCAGCCUUGGAUGGUGGUACUUCUGUCAUUGUUUUCAUCAUGUCAUUUGCGAUCUUCGGAGCUGCUGGCAAAUCGGUGGAUUUCCCUUCAUACUGGGGAAACAAUGAGAAUGGAAAUUAUGACUUAUGUCUGUAUACUGAUUAG